UGUGUGUUUCUAGUCUAUAGUGAUCUGUGGUGUGUGACUUUUUGAAUAAAAAUGAAAUGGUUUACGAAUAAAAAUUACAAACAAAAAUAGUGAUUAGUAUUAAAACUUAUCAUCUAUCUGUCGUACAAUAUAUUCGGUAUUAACAAAUUUAAUGUAUCACUGUUCGUAAUAAUUAAAUUUUAAUGUUUACGUUUAGUUAACUUAGUAAUUAGGUAAUACUGAAAAAUUUAAAAUGUACUUAGCAUCCGUUAGUUCAAAAUUAUUACUCCACGACACAAGUAGUUGGGAUUUAAAAUUGAGUAAUGGUUGUUAUGAUGGUAUAAUAAGAGAUGUUUCUUGGAGCGACGACAGUAAAUACAUUUUACAGGUAAAUUCUGUAGGACUAGUUGAAAUACUAUGUCCAACAGAUAAUGAUGUGAGAAGCUUACAACAUAUCCCAAUUAAAGACACCUGGUCAGCAAGCUUCCAUAGAGACGGCCACCAAUAUGUGGCCGUUGGUACAAAAAGUGGCAAUGUAAAAAUAUGGGACACAAAAUUUAAAACCAUAACAAAAACUUUUCCCACACUGUCACACCCAUCUUGUGUGAACAUCCUGAGUUAUAAUGCAAAAAACACAAGUCUGGCGGCAACAAUGACAAAUGGAGAAACAGUCAUUUAUGGACUUGCUUCAAACAUCCCAGUCCAAAAAGUCAAACUAACAUGUUCAAAAAGUAUAUCUGGAAUGAAAUUUCACCAUGAGUCACAAUCACUACUUGGCCUGGCUACUGAGGAAGGUCACAUUGUACUUCGAGACGUAAACACCAACAAUGAUAAAGCAUUCUUUAAAAACAUUCAUGCAUCUCCAGUCAGUGACUUUGUCUUCUCUCUCAUAAACAAAGAUGUAAUGAUGUCCAGUGGCUAUGACAAGAUUAUACAAGUUUACGAUAUAAAACUACGGAAUAUUGUCACUACUGUGAAAACAUCACAUACUCUGACAUCUAUUGCUAUGAAUAAAGAUAACCAAGUUGCACUUGGAAGUAAAAAUGGUGACGUUCUUGUGUAUGAUCUUAGAGAUUUGAGUGGACCUUUGAACAUACUGAAAGGACAUGAACAAAGUGUUUCCAAAGUAGCAUUUCAGCCUACAAGAAAGAAAACUGUAGCAACUGACAUAAGUCUUAAAGAAGAAGUUGAUACCAUUCCUCAUCACAAAGUUAAAAAAACAGUUACUGGGAGAUCAUCAGACAUAUUUUUCAUGAAUGAUACACCUCCUAGUAAUCUUUUAAAUAUCUCUAAUUCAGUUAAAGAUAACAGAGCCAACCAAAGUUCAUUUCUUGUUGGACUCAAUAAAUCUAAUAAUUUCGACAUUGACUUGGAUUUUGAGUUUGAAAGAAAAAUUGAUAGACCUGAACAAAGAUUAGAUGUAGAGAGAAACAUAAGCAAGAUAUCUACACCAAUCAACAAGAGCGAGAAUUUUGUUAUUCCUUCACCACUGUUCACCCAGAAUAGUCCAGAUAAUAAUAUAGGUAUGAAUGGUAAUUUAUCAAGUAUAAAACCAUCUAAUGAUGUAGCCACAACAACAAAUAAUAUUAUAGACUCAAAGGUAGCAGAUGAAUUAAAAGAAUUUAUAUCAGACGUUGCAGAGGAUAACAAAAACUAUUUCCUACAUAUCAUGAUGGCGUUGACUAAGCAGAAAUUAUACUUAGAAAAGCAGUUGAAUGACUUGAAUCAAAAAGUUCACAAUCUAGAACAAAAUCAAAAUUCCUUGGUUGAAGGAAAUAGAUUGCUUACUCUUCAAGUAGAACAAUUGAAAUCUAAACAAAAUCAUGUACACAAUAACAGUUAUAAUUAAAAAGAUUAAUUAAUUACUUGAAAAAGUUCUAUGAGCUAAAAAUGUAUGUAGGAAUUUAUUAAUCAAGUCUAAGCAACCAUACUGUUGAAAAUUAUUGUAUGUAGGUAAUAUUUCUUUUGUAUUAUAAUAGGUAAUUAGUGCAGGUUUCUAAUUUUUGUAAUAUCUUCAUUUCAGUUUCUAAUUAUUAAAAUGAAAUGGUUAACUAAA